CUCUCUCUCUUUCUCUCUCUCUCUCUUUCUCAUCUCCCCAAUGGCGGACGAAGCUCAGUACUCUUCCGAUGCGGGGAUCAACAAGCGCAAGUACGAGGAGCAGACCACUCUUUCCCCGCCCCCUCGCAGGCCGACCGGCUUCUCCUCCGGCCCGAUCCUCUCCGCGUCGCCGGCCGACUCUGGCGUCGCCCCGCCCUCGUACAAGAGCGUCCCGCCGCCUCCUUCCGCCGACGACGUGCAGGCGCAGGUCCAGAGCGCGAAGCAGAAGGCUCAGGAGAUCGCUUCUCGGCUGCUGUUCAACGCCAGCGCCGGGGCGGCUGCGGCCGCCGCCGGCGUCGGCGGAUUCGAUGCGAAGCGCGUUAGGGUUGAGAACGGAAGCGGAUUUGACUCCACCGAGAGAGAUGGGAAGCCCAUGAUGAGUGCGCCAUCAGCGAUUCCUGUUCCAUAUAGCUAUGGCCAGGGGACAAGCAAAAAAAUCGAUAUUCCUAAUGGAAGAGUUGGAGUGAUUAUUGGUAAAGCUGGUGAGACUAUUAAGUAUCUUCAGCUCCAGUCCGGGGCAAAAAUUCAGGUCACCCGUGACAUGGAUGCGGAUCCCAAUUCGCCUACUAGGCCGGUAGAACUAAUGGGCACACCUGAACAAAUUGCGAAGGCUGAGCAAUUGAUAAAUGAUGUUCUUGCUGAGGCUGAAGCAGGGGGCUCUGGCAUAAUCUCUAAAAGAGUAACUGGUCAGACUGGAUCUGAUCAAUUUGUGAUGAAGGUUCCAAAUAACAAGGUUGGAUUAGUUAUUGGCAAAGGUGGCGAGACAAUUAAAAACAUGCAAGCCAGGACUGGUGCUCGUAUUCAGGUCGUACCCUUACACCUUCCCCCGGGUGAUCCAGCAAUAGACAGGAACUUGUAUAUUGAUGGCACAAGUGAACAGAUUGAGGCUGCAAAACAGUUGGUUAAUGAAGUUAUUAGUGAGAAUCGAAUGAGAAAUUCCUCAAUGGCUGGAGGAUACCCCCAGCAAGGUUAUCAGGCGAGACCUCCUGCAAGCUGGGCUCCCCCUGGCCCUCCACAAAUGCAGCAACCUGGUUAUGGUGGCUAUGCACAACCAGGGAUGUAUGCAGGUGCUCCACCCCAAUAUAACAUGGCCCAGCCACAGUACGGAGGUUAUCCUCCCCAACCAACGUCUGGUGGAUAUCCUUCUGGCUGGGAUCAGUCCGCAGUCCCACCUUCUCAGCACACUGCACAGGGAGGUGGGUACGAUUAUUAUGGCCAGCAGCCUCCAACACAGCAACAGCAAACCCCAAGUGGUCCUACAGGAGGGGCGGACAGCUCAGUUUACAAUUACAGCCAGCCACCGGCUACUUCCUAUCCACAGCAAGGGCAAGGAUAUACACAGGAUGGAUAUGGUGGUUAUCAUGCACCUCAGUCCGGUUACAGUCAGCAGCCUCCUUAUGAUCAGCAACAAGGUUACAACACUGCGACUGGCUAUGGCACAAAUCCAGGGCAAGAAGGUCAUACUCCUUCCUAUGGAGCUCAAGGGGAUUCUGCUCAGGCACCACCACCGGUCCAGCCUUCCACUGCUGGUCAGCCAGGAUACGGUGCCAGUCAGCCACCCAACCCAACCCUUGCUGGCUAUCCUCCCCAGGGAACUGGCCAAGCGGGUUAUGGCAUGCCCCCAACUUCUCAAGCUGGCUAUGGCAACCAAUCGACUGCGUAUGCGGCGGGUUAUGGACAACCUCAAGCCCAGAAGCCACCUGCUAAUGCUCCGGCUUAUGGAGCUCAACAGUCUCCAAGCACACCAGGAGGCUAUAGUCAGGCCCCUAGUGGGCAACCAGGUUAUCCCCAGACUCAGCCACCACCGUCAGGCUACUCUCAGCCCGAUUCUGCUGCCCAACGUGGUCCUCCUUCAGGAUAUGGAGCUCCGCCUUAUGGUGCAGCGCCUGCACCUCAGCCGGGCUAUGGGCAGCAGCAACCUCCAUAUAACAGCUACGUUGGCGGUUAUCCGCAACCUCCUGCUUAUGCAGCUGAUGUUGGAGCCGGGGGUGGCAGCGCUCGGGGUUCUUACGACACUGCACCUGCUUCGCAGGCUGCUCAACAGAGUUCGUCUGCGAAAACGUCGCCCCAGAGUUGAUUACAGGCAGAAAUGUUGCGAUAUCCUGGUAUAGUUUUGAUGCCGCACUCGCUGUUGUCAAGUUUAGUUAGUCUCGUGGUUGUAGAAGAACUUAUGCUGUAGGAUACUUGUUAUCCAUGUUUUGUGCUUUGUUGAUUUUGGAUUAGUGUGUAUGAUGCCUGCAUGUUAAUACUCUUUUCAUGAUGUGGACCUUAUGAUGUUUGUGACUGCUGGAAAGGUGUAUUUUGGUAUCUAUGGCGGUGGAUGAA